CUGGCGGGGCCUUUAGGUUAGGGUUCCUUCUACAAGGUCAACCGAGACCCGUCCCCGUGUCUGCGCUGGUCUGUCUCUCCCUCCAGGUGAGGAAGCCAAGGCUCCAAAGAGUUGAGUAGCACGCUGGAUGUUGUUUGGGGGCAGAGCCGGCUGGACGUGGGCGGAAACAGAAAGGUCACACAUUCUCAGAUAGCAGAUUCAUUAGCCCUGGUGCAUCUUUACUUGUUGGAAUUCUCUGUGUUACAAAAAGGUGAAAACAAAAAAUUCUGAAAUAUUUUUAAAAGUUAAGAAGGAUGUUGGAGAUAAUUUCAGAAAGAGGUGCCUAUCCCCUCCGCCAGCCUAUUCUUUCUCACAGUAGGAAGUUUCGUGAGUGGCACAUCCGUGAAACAGCAGGACUGGAGCCCAGAUAGUUAACUGGAGCUGUUUACUGUGUCGGCCUGACUUCCCACUUUUCCCACUCCUCGAUGCUUCUUGGUUGUCUAAGUUGAGUUACCUGUCAAGAUGCUCCACCUGCAAAGCGCACAGAUGCUAAAGACACUGGAGAAGUCCUUAACGAGGAACCUCCCUGAAUCCUUAAAGGUUUUUGGGACUGUCUUCCACAUGAACCAGGGAAAUCUCUUUAAGCGAAGCGCUCUGGUGGACAAAUGGCCUGAUUUUAAUACGGUAGUUGUGUGUCCUCAGGAACAGGAAAUGACAGAUGACCUUGAUCACUACACCAACACCUACCAAAUCUUUUCUAAGGAUCCCAAAAGCUGUGAGGAGUUCCUUGGAAAAUCAGAUGUCAUCAACUGGAAACAACAUUUGCAAAUCCAAAGUACACAGUCCAGCCUGGAUGAGGUGAUACAAAGUCUUGCAGCUGCUAAAUUGGUCAAGGUCAAGAAAACACAGUGCAUCCUCUACUCGAGGCCAAAGACAGUAAAGAAACUGAUGCCAUCCCUGCUGGAUACACAGAACUUACGUCCUGAGCCAGGAACACCCCCAGUCCCCAAUCAAGAGAUGUUUAAACUCUCAUCACUGGACGUUACCCAUGCUGCCUUGGUGGAUAAACUAUGGCAUUUCGGCGGUAAUGAGAGGAGCCGGAGAUUCAUCGAGCGCUGUGUCCGCACCUUUCCCAGCUCCUGCCUGCUGGGGCCUGAGGGGACCCCCGUGUCCUGGGCCCUCAUGGACUACACUGGAGAAAUGCGAAUGGGAGGCACUCUGCCUGAGUACCAAGGCCAGGGCCUCGUGUCUUAUGUCUUAUACACCCAGGCCCAGACUCUAGAGAAACUUGGAUUCCCUGUAUAUAGCCACACGGACAAAACCAACAAAGCUAUGCAGAAGAUAAGUCACAAUCUGCAUCAUGUCACCAUGCCCAAUGACUGGAACCAGUGGAGCUGCGUGCCUCUGUGAUGUCUCUGAACACAAGGCAGUACUGUGAUGCUUCGGUGUGGCUGGAAGAGUAGACAGACAGAAUAGAUUGUAAGCAGCAGCAAAGGAGCGGACUUUGUUUUGGUUCCGGGGAGGCACACGACAGUCACCGGGACUGUCGUGCUCCUGCACCCAAGUUACUUUUCAUGUCCAGCAGCCCUGGCGUAGGCCACACCUCUCUGAAGUCACCACAGCUUACUGGAGUGGCCACUGCCUUUGUCCAAUGUACUAUACUUCUGGAUCUCGCUGACUCCGUUAGUCCGCUACAUGCUGCUGUAAUUAUUCUCCAGCAACUCCUGUCUCGUGUGGAUUACUGUCAGCAGAGAGAGCUUAACAGUUUGCCAAGACAUGCUGUCAUCUUGUGGAUAGUAUAUAGCUUGUUUUUCUAUGAUCCCUUUAUUUAGUGGGCAAAGUGUCCUGUCCCUUCUGUAGGUAUCUAGAAGCGAUUCUUCUACUAGCAGCCCUUUGAUCUGCUUCCAUGCUUAAUAACCACGUUAAUGUAUGAAAAUGCUGCAGUGAAACCCAGUGUCUGUAUAAAUGAUAUGCACUAAUAAAAAUGAAAAGAAACCAUGCUAAAUGCUUCACAAUUAUAUGACAGUAGGUGGAUAGGAUACCUGAGAAAUUUAUUCUUUGAAAUAAAAUGUGUAUAUUUGAUGCA